AUGUGCCUGCUAAAAGUCCUAUAUAUUGAGUACUUGUGUAUAGAUGAGCGGCUAUACGCGAGCGUGGCGCGCAUCGCUGCGGCGGCAGACUGCAGCGGUGUUAGCGUAGGUAAUCGCCACCGAGCGUACUAUCUACAGGUUGCACUAUAUUACCUUUAUCGUCUAGCUGGCCACGUUUUUAUAGUUGCUGGUUGCGUCCAGUUGACGACCGCGUUGGCAGUAAAUGAUGGCUCUCCUGCCUGUUUAUGGUUUCCCGACUCUCCAACGACUUCCGCGGCAAAUGUUCUUAUGUUGACUCCGAUCGGGUCCCGGUCAGUUCGACAGUUGUUCUCGACGUUGGCGCGCGGACUCGUGGACAGAGGACACCAUGUCACGAUCGUGUCCUGCGGUGAACCUGUGCCUCAUCACCCUAACGUGACCCACGUGCUCACGCCCCACUCCGCCCUCGACCAGAUGGAUCUCUUCGAGGUGCGCGAGAGCGGGGCCGUUUUUAAGCUGUGGCUGAAGGCCUUUCCUGCCGUGGCUCGAGAGAUGUACACCGACAGGAAGGUUAUGGAACUGUGGCACCGUAGGACUGAUUUUGACGCCAUCAUAGUCAACAGCGCCGCUAACGAGAUGGCGUUCCCAUUCCUCCUCGACAUCAAGGUGCCCUUCAUCACUCUGGCUCCCACGGGGACGGAGCCGCUACAACUGGCCUACCUCGGAAACUUCGUGUCGCCGGCUGCUCUGCCGUCAGUAGUUGUGCAUUACGAUGACACACUCUCUCUAUGGGAGCGCCUCGUCAAUACCUUGGCGACGAUAGCCAUCAGGUAUUCUUUCCGGCGAACCGUCGGAUACCCCCUUGCGAAUGCCCUUCGAGACUUUUUCCCCAAUCUUCCGGAUCCUUUUGAAAUCUACCCGAACCAGUCUCUCUCGCUGCUGAACCGCCACCACCUCCUCGACGGAGCGAUCCCUCUGCUGCCCAACCAAGUGGAGGUCGGCUGCAUGAACUGUCAGCCUGCCCGUCCGGUGCCUGAGGAAGUCGCCGAGUGGCUCGACGGCGCUGGCGAGGCUGGCGUCGUGUACUUCAGCCUCGGAUCCUUCCAGAAUGCGUCCAGGAUCCCGCAGAAGUACCGCGAGGCGCUCUUCAACGCCUUCGCGCGCCUCCCCCACCGCGUCCUAAUCAAGUUCAGCGGCCACGGCUUCGAACUCCCUCCCAACGUCCGGAGCUUCACUUGGCUCCCGCAGCAGGAUAUCCUCGGUCACAAGUCCAUACGGGUGUUCAUCACACACUGUGGAAAACACAGCGCGGCAGAAGCUCUUUACCAUGGAGUGCCAAUAUUAGGCCUACCCAUUACAUUUGACCAACCUCGAACAUGUGCCCGCAUGGCUCGCCGUCAGGAGGGAAUUGUCCUCCAAUGGGAAGAGCUUACAGUUGAAACCAUCGUCAGUGCUGUCCAUGAACUCACCAACAACCAAAAGUAUCGUGAUCGAGUGGUAGGUGUGUCAAGGCGGAUGAAAGCACAGAAGGAAACUGGACUAAACCGAGCAAUUUGGUGGGUUGAGUACAUCAUUGAUCAUGGGAAGGAUUACCUCAGGUUUUCUGGUGCAGAGUUGAGCCUGUCUCAGUAUCUUCUUCUGGAUAUAUUAGGAAUCAUUACUGUGCUCACUGCAAUUAUUGGUGGGAUCUUCAUUUUCCUAGCUCGUUCAGUUUUGAAAAUGUUUUGGCCAUCAAGUCUUUCAAAGGCUAUUCUGUCUACAGUUUUUACAUAUGUUGUGUACAAUUUAUUACUGUUGGUGCUAAUCACAUCUCAAUAGUACAGACAAAGGAAUAAUACAUGGUGACAUAUAACUGUUUUAAACAUGUAGGUGGCUAAUGUGUGACAAAGUAUGCAAAUGAAUGAAUGAAUGAAUAAAUGAAUGAAUGAAUGCCUUUGUGUGUGUGUGUGUGUGUGUGUGUGUGUGUGUGUGUGUGUGUGUGUGUG